UUUAAAUAGAGACUAAAUAGUUGCCCAAAUUGCAUUAAAUUGAGCACAUUUUAAUUUUAAGUAACUUAGAAGUGUGUUUUGUCUGAUCUGUACCCUUUAAGACCUCUUUAACGGGGUCAUUUCUGCUGCAGUUUUACUCCAACUUAAAGGCAAAACUGAAAAUAAACGUCGAUUUAAGGCUCAAUGAAAAUAUAAAUCCUGAACUUUUCACCACAAGAACUGAAUCUGCUUGUGGGUUUUGAUGAAACUGUUUCAGGUUGCUCAAAAACACGUUUGCAAAUUAAAGCUGUUAAACAGUAGAGCAUGAACAGAGUUGCAUUUGUAACUGAUUUAAAAUUAAAACACUUGUUUUUCCACCUCGGUGCACUGUACUAUGUUCUACGUCGUUUAUUUUUUAAGUUUUAAAAUUUACUGUUGCCUGUUUUAAUAAGGGAAAAACAAAUAGUAUAAUUUAAUGGACCUGUGAACAAUGAUCAAUGUUGCUCAAACUUUUUAAUUUUACACCUUUGUUAAGGUGCRUCAUCUGUGGAAUUACAAAAGAAGAUCUUAAAGGUAUUUAUAUUCAAAGCAUACAGUAUAUUGUAACCAUACUGUUAUUGUAACCAAUAAUGUGCACAAAAAUCUAUUACUAAAAGCAGAAUUACUAUUUAUUCAGUGAAAUGCCUUAAAAUAGAAGAGCCAGAGGCACAGCUCAAAUUUAAAAUAAAGGUUUCUGUACAAAAACAGCAUGAACACUGAGCUGCUGAAAUUAGCUGAAGAAACAUGAGAAGCUAAAAGAUCUCAAUGUUUUUAAGUGGUGUUUAUGCGUGAUCAGGAUUUUAAGAAAUUAUCCACUUUUCAAUUAUACUGUUAAUUAUUUUUUUAACUUUUGUUGUUCAAACAAUUGUUUCUUAUUUAUUCGCGAUGAAUAAACGCUWCUUUGAGUGUUUGGAUGCCCACGGUUCAUCAACGUCUCACUGAUUCUUCGAAAUAUCCGACGGUCCCUGAAGGCAACAAACAUUAGCUUAGCGGCUAGUUUAAUCCCUCGCGCUGCUAGCCAAAGUUCGCCACUUUUUAAACUGAAUUGCUAMGUUUUUUUGCCCACAGCCAGUCCAGAAACCGAAACGGAUGAACUUUAUUUAUAUUCUGUACAAAUGGAUGUCGGUGAGCACGUUUUGUUGGCGGGUAAAGCCGUUCUGGACAUGAUGGAGCGGGAAUGGCARCCUCUGUCCGCGGGCGAGCUGGAGCAUCGGCUGGACCAGGCGGUGGAGGAGAUCCUGGAGCCGGAGCUCGUGGCUGGACUCGAACCGCAGACUCCUCGGACUGUUUACGUGCAGUUUCUGCAGAGCAAGUCGACCGCAGGUCCUCAGAGUUUCCCCGCAACAACCGACCCGCCUGAGGGAGGAGCAGCAGGGGCUGAGGAGCAGCAGGAGACCGGCGGGGUGGAUCCUGCAGCAGUCCGGUACAUCUCUGAGCUGCUCCAGAGCUCCACAUCCAGGACCCGAAUGGCCGGACGGGCCCGCUUGUCUCCGUCCCACACCGUCCUCCUGUCUCUGUCCCUGCUGUCCGAGCGGAUCAGCUACCGCUCCGUGUCCCACCGCUUCCAGCUGGAGAAGGGGAACGUCCACMGGAUCUUCUCCUCCUUCUGCGAGCGCAUCAACUCGCUGGAGGAGAAACUGAUCAGGUGGCCGCUCGGCGAAGAGGCUGAGGAGAUGCUUUCCCCGCUUUCCGUCCUUCACCAAGACGACGAGCAGGAGGAACGAGUCCUCCGGGUCCUGGGAGUGUUGGGACACACGCAGAUUCCUGUGCGUUUGCCUGCAGGUAAACUCGACCCGGAGAGGGAAGCACCUGCGCAGAAGAGGGUGAAGAAGGAGGCGGAGCCCGACUCCUGGUUGAACCUGGAGCUGGUGUGCAGCCGUAGGGGCCGGCUCCUGCACUGCAGGAUCAGCAGAGGCUCGGACCUGGACAGAGGCAGAUCUCUGAGAGACAAACUCAAACAGCACCCUGAACUGAUGCCUUCACGCUCCUGCCUCGUGGCCGGCGCCGGCUACCCACUAACCGCACAGGUUCUGACCCCGUACUCGAGAGUCUGUGGACCAAAAGAGGAACUCUUUAACAAAACCCUGGAGGAACAUGGUCAGGUCCUGGAUCGGACCGUCGCCAGCCUGAGAGCCAGGUUCAAACGGCUCACGUAUCUGGAUGUGGGAACGUACGACCGCGCCAGAGCCGUUGUUCUGACGGCGUGCGUGCUGCAUAACGUGUUCGUAAACAUGGGACAAGAGAUUCGAGGAGAGUCCGGGAGAGAGGGAGCUCUGAAUGAAGAGGAAGAGGGGGAGGAAGACGAUGAGGGCGUACGCAGACGGGAAGCCGUUGCAGAUUUGCUGCUGAAAAAUGCUAAAUCUGGAAGCUAGCUAAGAGUAGCAAAAAGCUAGCUAAAGUUAGGCUGUGUUCAAAUUAGGUUUGGGCAAAAUCGUGUCGUGUGCAAUUAAUCAUGAGAAAAACAUUAAUCGAUUACUUUUUGGCACUUGACGAUUAAUACGAUUAAUGGCAGCA